AUGCUCGUCUGGGCGCACCCGAACCCCGACCACCUAGACAACAAGAUGGAUAGGUUGUUCUUCCAGGCGCUGUUGAUGUAUGUCAGUGAUGUGAGGGAGGGGAGGGAAGUGUUAAGUCUGUUGCAGGUCAUGGUUAUGCAACACUUCUCAGCUACCGCGCUGAUCAUGUUUCCCGAGCUAUGGGUCCUCGGGCCUCUUCGAUGGUGGAUUCCUUGGCUCGUGCAGUGUAUUUGCGCCUACCUCGCCAUGUGGAUGGGAUACUCGCCGUUGUUGAGGAAGUACAUGUCCCAGGAAGACUGGGAGGACGCGGCCGUCCAGGGAAGGGUUGAGAUGCGGCGGCCGGGGAAGAAGCAGCAGUGA